AAAACAUUCCCCCGAAAGCGCAAGUCGUGUUAUGUAGUCGACCCCACAGUUGCUGUUUAGAUUGUAACUGUUUUAGCGAACAUGAGUAGUUUUAGAUUAAUGCUGCUGUUCUCUAACAGCGCAUCUAAGGUAAUCCGAGGCUAUACUCUCAUCUCACCAAAGAGGACCCUGUUUGUGACAAGACAGGAUGCUCCAGUACUCCGGUGUAACCUAGCCAGGUAUGGCCAGCGGUCAAGUUCCAGCGUCGCAGGAACUGAAAAAGGGGAAGACUCCUUCCUGAAGUGGCUUCUCUUGUUGAUACCUGCCACAACCUUUUGUCUUGGAACAUGGCAGCUGAAACGCAGAAAGUGGAAGCUGGCGCUGAUCCAUGAACUUCAGAGCCUGACGGCUUCAGAGCCUAUCCCACUGCCUGUAGAUCCUAUGGAAAUUAAGCAGCUGGAGUACAGGCAAGUUAAGGUGCGAGGACACUUCGACCACUCUAAAGAGCUGUAUGUCCUGCCCCGCUCCCCUGUGGACCCUGAGAGAGAGGCCCGGGAGGCAGGCAGGAUAUCCUCCAGCGGGGAGAGUGGGGCUAAUGUCAUUACACCCUUCUACUGUACCGAUCUGGGGAUCACCAUUUUGGUGAACAGAGGUUAUGUACCAAAAGAUAAGAUCAGACCAGAAACCAGAAUGAAGGGACAGGUGACUCAAGAUGUGGAUCUUGUUGGUGUGGUGCGUUUAACCGAGCAGAGGAAACCGUUUGUCCCUCAAAAUAAUGUGGAAGCAAAUCGGUGGCACUAUCGUGAUCUGGAGGCCAUGGCGAAGGUCACUGGUGCUGAGGAAAUCCUCAUUGAUGCUGUGCUUGGCAGCACAAUACCUGGUGGGCCAAUAGGAGGGCAGACAAGAGUGACUUUGAGGAACGAACACAUGCAAUACGUCAUCACAUGGUAUGGAUUAUGUGCUGCUACCUCCUACAUGUGGUAUGCAAAAUUCAUUAAACGUAUUGCUUUAUGAGAUUUAUUCAGCACUUUGUCCUUACAGAGUAGAUGAUUUAGAAUAAUCAAGAUCUUGUUAAAAUCAGUACUGUCAAUAAAAACGUGGAUUUGUCUGAAA